AUGGCUUCUACAAACAGAAUGGCCGGUACUUCUGUAGAUCCAGAACAAGAAGAGAGAAUCUUUCUAGAAGAAGUUGCUGCUGUCAAGCAAUGGUGGGCAGAUGAGAGAUGGAGAUAUACCAAGAGAGCUUUUACUGCUGAGCAAAUUGUGGCAAAGAGGGGAAAUUUAAAGAUUGAAUACCCAAGUAAUGCACAAUCGAAAAAGCUUUGGAAGAUUUUGGAGGGAAGAUUCAAGAACAAAGAUGCUUCUUAUACAUAUGGUUGCUUGGAACCCACCAUGUUGACCCAAAUGGCAAAGUUUCUCGAUACAGUCUAUGUUUCUGGAUGGCAAUCAUCGUCUACUGCAUCUGCUUCUGAUGAACCCGGUCCAGAUCUCGCAGAUUAUCCAUACACCACAGUUCCCAACAAAGUAUCACAUCUCUUCAUGGCUCAACUCUUCCAUGACCGCAAACAACGUGAAGAACGGGUAAUGACUGCCUCGAAAGCCGAUCGAGCUAAACUCCAAAACGUCGAUUACCUUCGUCCCAUCAUCGCAGAUGCUGAUACUGGUCAUGGUGGUCUCACAGCCGUUAUGAAAUUAACAAAAUUAUUCAUAGAGAAGGGAGCUGCGGGUAUUCACAUUGAGGAUCAAGCUCCUGGCACCAAAAAAUGUGGACAUAUGGCUGGAAAGGUUCUCGUUCCCAUUAGUGAACAUAUCAAUCGUUUGGUUGCUAUUCGUGCUCAGGCUGAUAUUAUGGGUUCCGAUCUCCUCGCCAUCGCUCGUACAGAUGCCGAAGCUGCUACUUUAAUUACCACAACCAUCGAUCCCCGAGAUCACGCUUACAUUCUCGGCUCCACAAACCCCAAUCUCCAACCUCUCAACGACCUAAUGAUAGCCGGUGAGCGUGCCGGUAAAACCGGUGCAGAACUCCAAGCUAUCGAAGAUACAUGGACCGCCCAAGCCAACCUCAAACUCUUCAACGACGCCGUCGUCGCCACCAUCAAAUCCAACCCCAAUGUCAAAUCCGACGAUCUCGUUUCCCGCUUCUUAGCCGAAGUCAAAGGAAAGAGCAACUCCGAAGCCAGAGCCCUCGCUAAAACCAUCACCGGUGUCGACAUCCACUGGGACUGGGACGCUCCCCGCACACGAGAAGGCUACUAUCGACUCCAAGGCGGAUGCGGGUGCGCCAUAAACCGAGCCAUUGCAUACGCCCCCUACGCCGACGCCAUCUGGAUGGAAUCCAAACUCCCAGACUACAAACAAGCUGAGGAAUUCGCCUCGGGCGUGCACGCCGUGUAUCCCGACCAGAAACUCGCUUACAAUCUCUCUCCUUCCUUUAACUGGAAAUCCGCCAUGCCCAGAGCAGAACAGGAAACGUAUAUUCAGCGUCUUUCCAAAUUAGGAUAUUGUUGGCAAUUCAUCACACUAGCCGGUUUACAUACCACGGCGUUGAUUAGUCAUCGUUUCGCAGAGGCGUAUAGUAAACAGGGCAUGCGCGCCUAUGGGGAGUUGGUGCAAGAACCGGAAAUGGAUCUUGGGGUCGAUGUGGUGAAGCAUCAGAAAUGGUCCGGGGCGAAUUACGCAGAUGAGUUGUUGAAGAUGGUGACGGGGGGUGUGAGCAGUACGAGUGCGAUGGGGAAGGGGGUUACGGAGGAUCAGUUUCAUUAG